AACGAGUUUUCAUGUAAGUGAAGAAAAAAAAAAAAGAACUAUUUGCACCAUCCAUCCAUCCAUACACACAUACACAUGUAUAUAUAGAUAUGGAGAGCCAAAGAAGGAAAAGAAGGCGGGAGAAAUAGAGAGAGAGAGAGAGAGUGUGUGUGUGUAUUAACAUAAGAAAGAAAAAUAGCCAAAUGUUUCGAGUUUCAGUAUGUGGGCAAGAAGAUAUAGAACAAAUAUCGAGAGAAAGCAGCCAUUACAGCUUAUCAACUGGUAUACUCCCUUCGCUUGGAGCAAGAAGUAACCGUAGAGUCAAGCUCAAGAGAUUCAUCGUUUCUCCUUAUGAUCGUCGUUACAGGGUAUGGGAGACUUUUCUGGUUAUUUUAGUCAUCUAUACAGCUUGGGUUUCACCAUUGGAGUUUGGGUUCCUUAAGAAACCUGAAUCACCACUCUCCAUUACUGAUAAUGUUGUUAAUGGAUUCUUUGCCAUGGAUAUUAUCCUCACAUUCUUUGUUGCAUACCUUGAUAAAACAACCUAUCUACUCAUCGAUGAUCACAAGAAGAUCGCUUGGAAGUACAGCAGUUCGUGGCUGGCUUUCGACAUUAUAUCGACGAUACCAUCGGAACUCGCUCAGAAAAUCUCCCCUAAGCCGUUGCGUUCCUAUGGCUUGUUCAAUAUGCUUCGCCUUUGGCGUCUGCGCAGAGUUAGUGCAUUGUUUUCCAGAAUGGAGAAAGACAAGAACUACAACUACUUUUGGGUUCGAUGUGCAAAGCUUAUUUGUGUUACACUUUUUGCAGUUCAUUGUGCUGGAUGUUUCUAUUAUUAUAUAGCUGCACGAUAUCAUGAUCCGGGAAGAACAUGGAUCGCACUCUCACUUGGAGACAAUUUCCUCGAACAGAGCUUGUGGAUACGAUAUGUUACAUCGAUGUACUGGUCUAUCACUACACUGACCACUGUUGGCUAUGGUGAUUUGCAUCCUGUGAAUACUAGGGAGAUGGUGUUUACCAUUUUCUACAUGCUCUUCAACCUUGGGUUGACAGCGUACUUGAUCGGAAACAUGACGAACUUGGUUGUCCAUGGAACAAGCCGAACUAGAAGAUUUAGGGAUACCAUUCAAGCAGCUUCAAGUUUUGCUCUGAGAAACCAGUUGCCUCAUCGCCUACAAGAUCAGAUGCUUGCACAUUUAUGUUUGAAGUUCAGGACAGAUUCCGAGGGACUGCAGCAGCAAGAGAUUAUUGAUUCGCUUCCUAAAGCCAUUCGGUCGAGCAUUUCGCAUUAUCUUUUCUACUCUCUUAUGGAUAAAGUUUACUUAUUCCGCGGUGUUUCCAAUGACUUGCUGUUUCAGCUGGUCUCAGAGAUGAAAGCCGAAUAUUUUCCUCCAAAAGAAGAUGUCAUCCUGCAGAAUGAAGCACCUACGGAUUUCUACAUCCUUGUCACUGGCGCCGUGGAUCUAUUGGUUCUCAAAAAUGGAGCUGAGCAGGUUGUUGGAGAGGCAAAAGCAGGUGAUCUCUGUGGUGAGAUCGGAGUACUUUGUUAUAGGCCACAGCUCUUUACAGUACGUACAAAACGAUUGUGCCAACUACUUCGGCUAAACAGGACCGCAUUCCUUAAUAUCAUUCAGGCCAAUGUUGGAGAUGGGACCAUAAUCAUGAAUAAUCUCCUCCAGCAUUUGAAAGACAUGAAUGACCCAAUAAUGGAAGGAGUUUUAAUUGAGACCGAGAACAUGCUAGCUCGAGGGAGAAUGGACCUACCUCUCAACCUUUGCUUCGCCGCACUCAGGGGAGAUGACUUGUUGCUGAAUCAGCUAUUGAAAAGGGGGCUUGAUCCUAAUGAAUCAGACAACAAUGGAAGAACAGCUUUGCAUAUAGCUGCAUCAAAAGGAAGUGAGAACUGCAUUCUUCUCUUACUGGAUUAUGGUGCAGAUCCAAACGUUAAAGAUUCAGAAGGAAAUGUACCAUUAUGGGAGGCAAUGUUAGCUGGCCAUGAUCAAGUAGCUAAACUGCUAAAGGAAAACGGAGCAAGUAUUAAUGUUGGAGAUGUAGGUCACUAUGCUUGCACUGCCGCUGAGCAGAACAACUUAAACUUGCUGAAAGAAAUCAUUCGAUAUGGUGGAGAUGUCACACGUCCAAGGCACAACGGAACCACAGCUCUUCAUGUUGCGGUUUGUGAAGGCAACGUUGAAAUAGUCAAGUACCUUGUGGAUCAAGGUGCUGACAUUGACAAACCUGAUGUUCAUGGUUGGACACCCAGGGAGCUAGCUGAGCAACAAGGACACGAAGAAAUAAAGACAAUGUUUGAAUCAAGAAGAGAGAUGAAAACUCAAUCUAUCAUGUCAAUCCCAGAGAAGGCUGAGACACGGUACCUCGGGAGGUUUACAAGUGAGCCGGUGAUCCGUCCUGUGGCACCGGAUGGUACAGAUGGAUCAUGGAGCCAAUCCCGGCAGAGACGUAGGACAAGUAACUUCCACAACUCACUGUUCGGGAUAAUGUCAGCCGCAAACAACAUGGAGAAAGAUUUGCUAUUGUCAGUACAUAAACCUAAGGGUGUGAAGGAUUGUGUUGUCAACUCUGCUAGAGUUGUAAUAAGUUGUCCAGAAAAGGGGCAAACCAUUGGGAAGCUUGUUUCACUUCCAGGGAACUUUGAGGAAUUGCUUGAGAUGGGUGCUAAAAAAUUUGGGAUCAUUGGUGGUAAAGUGGUGAGCAAAGAAGGAGCUGAAAUUGAUGGUAUUGAAGUGAUUAGAGAUGGUGACCAUCUUGUUUUUGUUAGUGAUGGUCAAAUGGUACAUCAACAACAUAGUCAAGUACCCCAUUGCAUUGGGUAAAACCCUUUUUUCUUUUACAUUUUUCUUUGACUGUUUUUACAAUAGAAAUCCGGGAGAGGGAAAAAAAGAAGAAGCUGAGCUGAUCCUGACCUCGAGCAUUUUAAUCAGAUUGUAAAUGUGUAAUAUUUAUUCGUUAGUAGUUAAAAGAAAAAUCAAUAAAAAUUGCACAUUUACAUUA